UUAGCCUGCAUGCAAUGAAAGGUUCUGAGCAUGGAAGUUUGAGACAGACAGUUCACCCUUGGUUUGACCCUUUAACCUCUGUUUGAAAGCUCCAAAACCAAAGUCGUUUGAGAUUAGAUCAUUUUAUUACAUAGGUUUAGGAAUUUCACACAAUAGCCUGUAUUUUCAAGUCAUUAAAAACAUAACAAUAAAAACGUUAGAAGGUUUUAGGACAAAUGUUUGUUAAAACAGGUAACAAACUUCAAGUUUGUUUCCAGAAUUACACGCAGUUCGUCUCAGUCCAAGUUAGACGUUAUCUUAAACUAGGACACUGUGUUUUGAUAGGCUACCAGUUGGCCGCUUCAUUUUCGUUUAACACGGUUUGAUACAAAAAAAUAAGCAAACAUUGAGUUGUAUUUACGUUUGUGGGCACAGCUGUGAAAAAUGCCUUGUGUCAUCUUUCAUCGUCAUAUUCCCGCUGUGUGCACCGGGUAAGGGGGGCUGGGGGUGGGCAGGCCGCCGAACCAGCGAGCACGAGGGGAGGGAUUUGAGCUAACAGCCCGUAGUGCGAUUCUCCAAACUGCCCUGCGCACGUUCCAGGGAGUACGCGCACGCUUCCCGCCGGCCUCAACGCAAAGGCGCCCCGAUCUAACGAUGUUGUGAAUGAGGGGAUAGAGUGACGUCAGCGGCUGAAUGUCAACAAUGUAGCGACUGAGAGGAGGCGUUCCAGUCGAGUGUAACAAACAGCGGAGACGGAGCGGCACGCACACACACACACGCGCGCGCGCGCACACGUACACACAGCGGCAACAACAGACCGUAGAAUCUCAGACGUUGUGUGUGUGUGUGUAUGUGUUUUUUUUGUGUAAGUGAGAAAUAACCGAGUUGCAGCGACGGGAGAAGAAGUCACCUCUCUGCAGCCGGGAGGCUUUGAGGAAACGACAAAGCGAGUCAUCAUGUGAAAGAACUUAUGUGGGAAACGGACAAAAGGGCUGGAAUACGAGCAGAAUAGAAAGUAAAAGGGACGCCCUACCCCCGCACCAGCGACCUGCCAAUCAUCUAUCUGACCUCGCAUCUUUCUGACUGAUAGUGAUGUAGUCAGUGUGACUGUAUGCUGCUCGUGGAUAAAUGAUCACUAAUCACAAUCAGAAGAUGAAGCACAAGUCUGGCGUGAGCGGAAUGUCCGUGGAUGAGAAGCCUGAAGCCCCCAUGUAUGUGUAUGAGUCGACGGUUCAUUGUACCAAUAUCCUCCUCUGCCUCAACGACCAGCGGAAGCAGGAUAUCCUGUGCGAUGUGACUGUCCUAGUGGAGGGCAAGGAGUUCCGCGGGCACCGGGCCGUGCUGGCCGCCUGCAGCGAGUAUUUCCUCCAGGCUCUGGUGGGCCAGGCGGAGAAUGGCUUGGUCGUUAGCCUUCCUGAAGAGGUCACUGCCAGGGGAUUCGCCCCAUUGUUGCAGUUUGCCUACACUGCUAAGCUGUUACUCAGCAGAGAAAACAUCCAGGAGGUCAUCCGCUGUGCCGAAUUCCUGCGCAUGCACAACCUCGAGGACUCAUGCUUUCGCUUCCUGGAAGCUCAGCUGCGCAGUGAGGAGGAUGGCUUGCUGCUCUGCCACAAGGUGGCGGUGGAGGCCAACAACUCGGAGGAUGAGACCAUGCAGUCAGAGGCGGAAAGGCCCACCUCCCCCAGGGCGCGGCGUUGUGCUGACGCCCUCACCUCCUUUCCUGACGAUGAUCGGCUAGCAAUGGCUAUACCCAGUAACUUCACGGAUGGCCGGCUGGACUUUGAUCGGCAUGGAUCGUCAGACCUGCCACGAUGCCCCAAGUACAGGAAAUACCAGUGGGCUUGUAACAAGCACAAUAAUGACACCUCCUCAUACACCAGUACCUCAGUUUUUCCAAGCACAUUAAAGGAGAGUGGCGUUAGCGGGGCAGUGCCGGGUCAGGGCAGGCUGCCUUUGGCACAGAUCAAAGUUGAACCACAGGCAGAGGAAGAGGCCAUCUCAUUGUGCCUGUCAGGGGAUGAGCAAGAUGUCAGGGAUAAGGACAGUGUGACAGCCAUGGAGAUGGAUAACCCCAUAUCUGUGGAAAGAACCAAGAGAACCAAGUCCCCUUCCUGCCUCCGAGCCUUCUUCAAGAAAGGGGUGGACCUCCCCAGUCUGCCCAACACAUCACAGCAGCUAUUCGCCAACAGACUUGUCUGCCCCCAGGACAAAGGAAACUCUCAGGGAGAUCAUAAAAAAGACUUCAGGCCUUUCACUGGGGAGCUGGGUCUGUCUGUUACAUCCCCAAAGGACGUGGACGGUUUCCCUGCAGGGUUGUCCCUCAAGUCCUCCUCCUGCGAUGGGGUCUGCAAACAGGAAGUUGAGCUAGACCGCCGUAGUGUCAUAUUUUCCUCAGGGGCCUGCAACCGUCUGGGAACCCCAGCGCAUUCCUACCCUGGUGGGAACUCUUUGGAGAUGGAGCUCUCUGAGCACAUGCCAAAAGGCCUGUGGGCUGGAGCCAGCCAGUCCCUCCCCACCUCCCAGACCUAUUCUCCCAGCACCACUUCCACUGAGCCCCCACUCCUGUGCCACCCACGGCCCAACACCAGCUGCCCAGUGCCAAUCAAAGUGUGCCCACGCUCGCCACCUUGUGAGACACGCACCAGGACUUCCAGCUCCUGCUCUUCAUACUCCUAUGCGGAGGACGGCAGUGGAGGCUCUCCCUGCAGCCUGCCUCAGUUUGAGUUCUCCUCCUCGCCAUGCUCCAAUGUGGCACGCUGCCUCAAUGUGGACCAGCAGGAGCAAAGUGUGGGAGGGGAUGCCCUUUUUAACCAGGUGCGGCCCAAGAUCAAAUGCGAGCAGUCCUACGGCACCAACUCCAGUGAUGAGUCGGGCUCCUUCUCAGAGGGAGACAGCGAGUCCUGCCAUGUACAGGAGAGAGGGCCAGAGGUGAAGCUCCCUUUCCCUGUAGAUCAAAUCACAAAUCUUCCACGGAACGACUUCCAAAUGUUGGUGAAAAUGCACAAACUGACCUCGGAGCAGCUCGAGUUCAUCCAUGACAUGAGGCGGCGGAGUAAGAACCGUAUCGCUGCGCAGCGCUGCCGCAAGAGGAAGCUCGACUGCAUCCUGAACCUGGAGUGUGAGAUCAGAAAACUGGUGUGUGAGAAGGAGAAGUUGCUGACAGAGAGGAACCAGCUGAAGGCUUGUAUGGGUGAGCUGUGGGAGAACUUCUCCUGUCUGUCGCAGGAGGUGUGCAGGGACGUCCAGCUGAGCCCAGAGCAGGUCCAGUCUUUACACCACUACUGCCCAGUGCUGCGGCCCGCCAACUCCACUGCCGGCAGCAACGCUGCCCAUGAGCCCAAGCCUGCCCCCAGACCCGCCCCCGCCCCCACCACCACCACCACCACCACCACCACCACCAGCAUCGACCUCACCACCCACUCGGGCUCGGCCACACCGGAACCCAGCCUCCACGGGUCGCCAGGCCCUUCGGAGAGUGAGCCCGACUCGGCCGUCAGAAACGGGGCGGACAGAGAUAUGGACGGCCAAGACGCCAGCUUGUACACACAAUCAGGGCUGUCCGUGGAAAAAUCCAACCAGACGGUAACAGUUGAUUUCUGCCAGGAAAUGACUGACAAAUGUACAACUGAUGAGCAGCCAAGGAAGGACUGCACCAAGUAGUGGUGGUUCUCUGUGUUGUUGUUUUUGAUGUUUUUUUUUAUUAUUUAAUUUUACUCUUCUGACAAACCCUCUCUUGGGGUUGUUGAGACGGUCAGCCUCUGCCAGUGUUCACUGAAAAACAAGCUUUGUUUGUAUUUAUGUCUUUUUGUGCUGUCAGUUUUUUGUCUUUUUUUUUUCUUUUUUUUUGAACGGUUGACACUAAAGUUGUCUUAACAGCAGCAAUACUGUUCUCCAGGUAUUCUCCUCUUACCAUGACAGAGUGGGAACUUCUCACCAAACCCUUACAAUGGUGCUAUACUCGCCCCGGCAGCAACCUCUACAGUGGAGACUCUGUUCUUCAUAUCUCACACAUCACAACUCAAAGUUGAACCUCAUCGGACCUAAACAGCAGCUCUCUUUGUCUCUCUGUGUACCAACAGUAUCUCUGUUCUUGCCUUUCUCUCUCUUUUUCCCACUCUGUCUCUGUCAAUCUUCUCUACCUCUUUCUGUCUCUCUCUCUCUCUGUCUCUCUCUGGUUAUUCUCUCGCUAUAUCUCAGAGGCCCUUUUCGUCACAGCAAUUCAAACUCAGGAAAAAGAAAAUCCUCUGAAUGUUCAACCUAAUUCAUGAAAAAUGAGAAUACAGCUUCUGUACGUGAGGAAGUUGCGAUGCAGUUAGACUGUAAAAUGUUCAUAUGCAAAAAUGUCUUCAAGCGUCUCGCAUUUGUAUUUCUGUACAGGAGAACUUUGUACAGGCUGUAAACCGAAAACAUUCCUCCUUUGCCUUCCUCAGCACUGAAUUGAAAGGAAAAAAAAGAUUUUUGCAGGCAGUUAAAUGGCUAUUUUUUCUCCCACUCAUCAGCAAUACCAUUGUAUUUGGAUGUUGUAACGGUGACUUUCAAGUGCUUGUUUGGCAGAAAUGUAUAUAGUAUGGAGCAUGAUGACUGUAACAGUGAUUUUGUACAGGUAGAGGCUUAGAUGUUUCUUUUCACCGGGGUUAUAUCAAGCACCUUUUUGCUAAGGGAAAAUCUUUGCUUUGCUGUUUCCUGUCCUGCCUAAUGAAUAUUCCCCAUCAUGGUGGGUGUUCUUAUACUCAGGAAAUCAGCUCAAGACACAUUUAAACACACACAUACAGUACAUACAGACACAUGCGCCAACACACACACAUGUCAGAUUUUGAGCCCCAUGCAUGUAUAAAAGUUAGACGUUCAAGACGUGUUUUUAACGCGCGGCUCAGGCCAGCUCCUCUCCACCCUUGACUCCUCUUUAAAUGUGAAAAAAAAAGCGUUCUGCCUUGUGUUUUUGGAGGAAAUCUUAUUUCUUAUCAGUAUUUAAAGAUAUUUUUUAAAAUUAGACUUAGUUCAGGCACUUUGUUUCCAGCCCCAGGCGCUCAGAGCCAUUUAGCACUUCUAUGAGGGUCUUUGUCUUUGUUUCAGACCCCUUAAAAUUCUGAGCCUGGAGCACUUAAAUUGGCACUUCAAGAGGAAACAUCUUGCUGAUAUAACUAUAUCAAUAUACAGUAAAGAAAAAAAUUCUAUGAAGAACACGUAUCGGAAACCUCUCUUAACACAAAAGAAAGCUAAUGUUUUAGUAUCAGAGUGUUCACUCCUUAUAUUUGUAUUUCUUUAGGAAUUGAAUAAGCUAAUUCAGAAUUCAUUUGACGUGAAAGCAGUGUAUGUGUUGUCCAAAUGAUUGAGUAACAAUCAUAUAAAAUAGUAACAUGUUUGCCCUAAUUGUGCAUUUGUUUGAACAUCCUAUUUGGUGAUGUGCAUGCAUGCUGCCUAUAGCUAUAAGCCUAGUUAGUUUGUCUAGCUUCUGUUUGCCUCGUAAGUUCUCUCUGGAGCAGUCUGCCUUUAAAAUUAUAUAUUUUUUAAAUUAAUUAUUAAUGUAUAAACAAGCUGAGUUAUCUCGACGGUUGAAUUCAAUUAGAAUGUGAAGCUUUAUUCGUUGCUCUUUAAAGCCCCAAUCCAAAAUGGUGCCCCAUGUUGAUGUUACCUCCAGGCUAGCUGCUCUUCCACUAGCUUCUGUAACUCAACACAAUCUCUUUUAGCAUUUCUUUCAUUGAUUUUUCAAAACAAAUUUAAAAAAAGGAAUUGUGUUCUUGGAGUUUACUAUCCAAAUCAGCGUAUACUACAACACCUGCUAUUAGAAUUUGAUCCCUUCGUGAUUCUAACAAAGUAAACAGUUGGCUUGUUAGCAUACAGAAAACAGCGUUCAUGAAGUUUUACCAGCAUGGC